CUGGCAACCGGGGCACGUCGCGGAAACAUAGCAGUCACUAGUCACACUGACACGGACGUGUAUAUUUUCGACAAGAAACUGUCAAAACAAAAAGACUAGAAGACUUUUAUUCUUGACAAAUGCCCCCAAAGAAAGCUGCACCAAAUGGAUUUUAUAUGUUCAUGCAAGCCCGGCAGGCUGAAAUUAAAAAGCAGACUAAAAGGGCUCCAACCAUGCGGGAAAUGCCCCAUAUUUGCCGAGAAGCAUGGAACGCUAUGUCUGCUGAAGGGAGGGCGAAGUAUGAAGACCAGGCGAAGAAGGCAAAGAGCAGUCAACACUCAGAGUAUUCUCGCAAGGAUGCUCUGAGACAGAAAAUUUCGGACCGAAUAGAUCCUGUCAAAGAAAAUGAAAAGAGGAGGCUGCAAGAUAAUCAAAACAUGAGGAGCGACUGGAACGGACAAAACCUCCUGGACAUCAAGUUUCACAUCAUCAACUUCCAAGUGAUGUACUCUAACUGGACUGUGGAACACCGUCUCCCCAUGGAAGUCGGUAUGAUCUGCAUCACCUUGAGGGACGGUCUAAUCAAGGACAUGCAUCGCUUCAUCAACCCGGGGGACGCGCCCGAAGGCUACCGCAGCAUGGCCAUGCAGCACAGUGAGCAAACACACCAGAUCCCUAUCAACUUUGAACAUGGAGACACAAACUUCCGAGGCCUUUGGAAACAGAUUGAGCAGUUUUUGGCUGAUGACCUUGAAGAUGACGACAUACCCCCAGUGUUUUGCUUGUCGUCGGAACGACAAGACGUUGAAACCUGCCUGGAGUACAUCUACGACCGCGCGGCCACCCGCCAGCCGAAGCGCGUGAACAAGGUGUACUGUUUGGAAGACAUGGCCGCCUCCUUGAUCAUGUUGGCGAAACCGCAGUCAGCAGAGCCUUCCAAGACCCAGCUGCUGGACGCCAUGCAGCAAAACCGCUGGGACUACCGCUCAGACAUCAGGUGUUUCUUCCAUGAGGAGAACGACUGUUCUCACUGUGCAAUAUCGAAAGUUCGGCGGUUCAGUUUUUCCCUGUUUGAUAUGCUGGCAAGUGUUCUGGGCUUCAAGCUGACGGGGAACCACCUUCCUGACGACACCGCCACAGUCAACACCGUCUUUCACCCGGCCACAAUCGGUCCCAGCCGGUACAGGGAGAGUGGUUACCGGGACCGAGAGCCGUCGUCCUAUGGUGGUGGUGGUGACGCCUUCAGCCCACCCCGCAGAGGCAGACGGGAGCGCUCGCCCGAUUCUGUGUCCAAACUGUGCCCCGUGGUUAGCAGAGUACAGAUUCAGCUCUCCGAUGAAGAUGUUGCCCGCGACGCAGACAGUGAUGAGGAGGGCGAGGACGACGAUGAUGAUGUUUUACACACACAGGAGGUCAAGUCAACGGCCGACCGCUACCAACUCAAGGAACUGAGGCUCCCAAAGUCUGUCUCGAUAGCUCAGUCGGGAGCUAGGGCACCGGCCCUCGAGGAAGCCAGAGUGGGUGCUGGUGAUGCCGGUGUGGGUGAGAUGUCAGCGCUGUCGCAAGUGCCUCAACAACCUGCUGCAGGGAUGGGAGUUUUUCAGCACAAUGGACUGAGAAUGGGUUCCGCCCUGGCCGUGGGCCGAGGUAGACCCGUGGUCAACCCAGGGGCUCCGGGCCUGCUGGGUGGGGUUCGACCUCCGCCAGGAUUCCCAGCCUUAGCACCAGGGACCCGGGGCCAAGUCCCAUCGGCGUGGGGUCAAGUGGGCGGCGGUGGCGCAGCGGCAGCAUCAGCUCCUACCGGGUCUGUCUGGCGUCAGGGUUCUCCCGCUGCCCCGAGCUCUAUGGCCGCCGCCGCCGCAGCGUCGCAUGUUAUGGGGAGAGGUGCUGGGCCGACGGUCGGUCGCGGAGCGGCUCCUCCUCCCUCCCUGUCCGCUGCUGGUGGUGGUGUUGGUGGCCGAGGGGUGCUUCCCAUGGGCCGUGGUCGUGGACUUCCCAUGGGUCGAGGCUAUGCCCCGAGCAACUGACCCAGAUCUAGUGCCGCGGCCAUGCUGUACAUACUGUCGAUGGAUGGAUGGAUAAAUGUGAAGUGUGCUGACAAAAUGAGUUACUUCUCAGAUUUUAGACCGAUGGAAA